UUUACAUAAAAAUCCGGUCAAAUGGCUAUUGACGGAAUGAAGAAUUUGGCAGAUAAAAGAAGCAAGCUAUUAACGGAAUGAUUUACAUAAAGAUUCGAUAUUUUUUCAAUUCUAUGAUUUCAUGAUCACAAAUAAUAAUCUUCGUUUGUCAUACUCCAAUUAAGCUAAUUAAGUUCAACCUAUAAUGCCUAUACUAGUCAUGAUCACAUAUAGUGAUCUCCAUUUGUCAUACUCGUACAAAGCACAUUACAAAUAACUAAUGAGCGUCACAUUGAAUCUUACUCUAUGUCUUAAUCCUAUGAUUUCACGAUCACAAAUAAUAAUCCCCUUUGAAUCUAUAAUGCCCAUACUAGCCAUGAUCACGUAUAAUGAUCUCCCUUUGUCACACUAACAAAACAUAGUAUAACUAAGUUAACUAACUAAUAAGCGUCACAUUGAAUCUUACUCUAUAUAAUCCUAUGAUUUCAUGAUCACAAAUAAUAAUCUACAUUUCUCAUACUCUAACAAGCUAAGUUCAACCUAUAAUUUAACAAAAUAUGAUGUGGUUUAUAAAUGUUCUCAUGCUAACGAUAUUGUACGCUCACCCUGCACACACAUUAUGUGACUUAGAUUAUACCUAUUCAUUAUUAAAUUAUAUGCAAACCUACUUUAUACACUUUAGUUAUAAAAUAUACCUAUUCAUUAUUAAAUUGUACGUGACUUAGAAUAUUUUUGUAUAUAAACAUCCAAACCUACUUUAUACACUUAGUUAUUAUUAGCCGUAAAUUUUUUUCUAAGAAACUCAAAGGGCAUAUAGGAUAAAGAGAAAAUUGAAGCUACUGAAGCUUCCCAAUAUCCUCGAAAAAGUGCAGAAUGGCACUUGCCAAGAAAAAAACGUCUUCUAGCCUAUGCCUAUAUAAACACAUAUCACCACAGUAUGAAAGGAGACCAAAAUUUCUGAUUCACACUUCAGAUUCACCAUGGAUCUUAGUCAAAACAUAUAUUUAGAAGAUGAAGAAGAUCAAGAGAUUGAAGAGCCAUCUACUACCCCACUUUGGAAAUACGUUACCAAAGUUCUUGGCGAAAAGAAAGCUGGAGGUGGUUUUGGAAAGUUUCUUUGUAAUUUUGAAUGCCGAACUACGCAUUUCACCAGGUCUUAUUCACGAGUUCGUGCCCAUUUGAUAGGCGUAAAACCUAGUGAAAAGAAAGCAGGUGUAAACCUAUGCCCGAAGAUGAGCCAAGAAAUGAGGGAAUUGCUGAAACAGGAGGAAGAAGAUGCACAAAGAAUCUUUGGAGGAAAUGCUAGGGCCAAAAAACUUCAAAGGCCAAAGGUAUUGUAAUAUAUAUUCUGAAGUGUAGUGUUAAACUGUUAAUACAAGUGCUGAAUUUUAUCUUAGUUUGCUACUUUGCUUAAAACUGAAAAAAUUUGGAUUGUUGCAGGUUAUACAAGAUAAUGGGUCCUCUCCUAAUAUGAAGAAAACAAUUGCAGACAUUUUUCAAACCAAUGACAGGGAGGACGUGUACCAGAGGUUUGCCAGAUUCUUUUAUGGUAAUGGCAUUCCCUUCAAUGUUGCGAGGUCCCCUUUUUGGACAGAUAUGGUUACUCGCAUCAAUAAUGCACCAAAGGGGUACAAAGCCCCCAACUAUGAGAAGAUAAGAAUUUCUUUGUUGGACAAAGAACAGAGCAAGGUGCAGCGUGCCCUUACCCCUAUAAUGCAAGAUUGGAGCACACAUGGAUUGUCUAUUGCUUCUGAUGGUUGGUCAAAUUUAAAGAACCAACAGUUGAUUAACACCAUGGCUGUGUCAGGUGGUAGAGCUAUUUUUGUAAAUGGGCAUGAUGUUUCUGGAAUAGAGAAAACUGGACUCAAUAUUGCUGAGUUCAUCUUCAAGGCCAUCGAUUUUGUUGGGCCCUCCAAUGUGGUGCAGGUUAUCACUGAUAAUGCAUCCAAUUGCAAGGCUGCGAGGGCAAUAAUUCAAGACAAACAUCCACACAUCUUUUGGUCCAGUUGCUUAGCUCAUACAUUGAAUUUGUUGAUGAAAGAUAUUGGUAAGAGCUCUGAUCCAUCUCUAUCUUUCUUCAAUGAGAGCUAUAAUAAAGGCAAAGCAGUGGUGAAGUAUAUAAAGAAUCAUGGUUCAUGUCAUUUUUAUACAAAACUUUCCCUGAUUUGGAGCUUCUUAAAACAAAGAAGACUAGAUUUGAGCAUGUUUUCAUAG